CGGGCCGGCAGCUCUCCGAGGGGCCGGAGCGCAGCGGAGCCAUGCAAUACCCGCACCCUGGGCCGGCGGCGGCGGGGGGCGCCGUGGGAGUGCCGCUGUACGCGCCCACGCCGCUGCUGCAGCCCGCGCACCCGACGCCGUUCUACAUCGAGGACAUCCUGGGCCGCGGGCCCGCCGCGCCCACCCCCACCCCUACGCUGCCGUCCCCCAACUCCUCCUUCACCAGCCUCGUGUCCUCCUACCGGACCCCGGUGUACGAACCCACGCCGAUCCAUCCCGCCUUCUCGCACCACUCCACUGCCGCGCUGGCCGCCGCCUAUGGACCCGGCGGCUUUGGGGGUCCUCUGUACCCCUUUCCGAGGACGGUGAACGACUACACGCAUGCCCUACUCCGCCACGACCCCCUGGGUAAACCCCUGCUCUGGAGCCCUUUCUUGCAAAGGCCUCUGCAUAAAAGGAAGGGCGGCCAGGUUAGGUUUUCCAACGACCAGACCAUCGAGUUGGAGAAGAAGUUUGAGACCCAGAAAUACCUCUCCCCGCCUGAGAGGAAGCGUCUGGCCAAGAUGCUGCAGCUCAGCGAGAGACAGGUCAAAACCUGGUUUCAGAAUCGACGUGCUAAAUGGAGAAGACUAAAGCAGGAGAACCCUCAAAGCAAUAAAAAAGAAGAACUAGAAAGUCUGGACAAUCCUUGUGACCAGAGGCAAGACUUGCCCAGUGAACAGAAUAAAGGUGCUUUGGAUAGCUCUCAAUGUUCACCCUCUCCUGCCUCCCAGGAAGAUCUUGAAUCAGAGAUUUCAGAGGAUUCUGACCAGGAAGUGGACAUUGAGGGUGAUAAAGGCUAUUUUAAUGCUGGAUGAUGACCACUGACAUUGGCAUGUUUAGAAAACUGAAUUUGGGAAUAACAUUUGCCACAGAAAAUCUCCAUAGAUAGACUGGAAAAUUAUAUGAGAAAGGGAAUCAAUUUUUUGGUGUUCUGGAAACCUAAAAUACAUGGUGCACUGGCUAAAUAACAAACUCACCACUGAAACCUUAAUUUUGACUUAAAUGGUUUGUGUACUGGUUUUAGGUUGUAUGGUAAAGGGAUUCUUCACUGAUUAAAUUUACCUGCUUUUAAAAAAAGUAAAUUGUUUUUCCUAUUUAUAAAAAGUAAUUGUGAACUUUUCUGUUAAAAUUUUAAAUUAUAAUUUUAAAUAUUUUAAUAAGAACAUCUUGAAUGCUUUUUCUAUAAUCUGUAUCCUACAUCCCAGUUAAUGCAAGAGCAAAGGUGCAACCCAAAUCCAGAGGUAUGCCUUGGAAAGGGGGUCCACAUUUCAGGCAGUGCUGGAAUAUUUUUAGAAAGGAAGAUUCCUUAAUUUUAUAUUACAUUCUUAUACUGCUGCCUUAAAUCCAAAAUGAUCUCAGAACUUCUGUCUCGGGGAUAUGUGUUCCUUUUGUCAGAGAGAUAUAGUUGUUAAGAAUCUCAAAUGCUUGUUUUGCACUCUCAACUUAGUACCUGUUUGACCAAGGUGUUAAGGGAAGAAUACAGUCCAAUUCAAGCAGAGAAACUGACUCGUCCGUGACUAAAAUUAAUCACAGAUGAACUAGAAGUAGCAGGUUAAUUAAAUGUAAGUAGACUGUAGAUAUUGUUUUAUAUCAAACGGUGUUUAUAAUGUGUAUAUAUGAUUGUUCGUUGUAAAGAAAAAAAAACCUCAGCCAAAAUGGUG